UGAUGGGUAUAAAAGACGGCUGAAAUCCUCUAAACUAUCACAAUCCUUGUGUAGUAAUCCAAUCGAGAUAGACAUCUACAAAAUGUUCCGCUACGGCCUUUUAUUGCUGAUCGCUUGCAGCGUCGCUGCAGUUGCUGCGGAAGAGUGGAAUGUCGAAGACAGACAACUGGCAUGUGCUGGAACUUUGGUCACCAACGCUGAUGGAACACGAUCAUGUGUCACGCAAAUCGGUGUCUCUAGCACUGGCUACCCCAUCUACAAAGUUACCAACCAAAACACUGGAGUCACCAAUUACGUCACACAGACCGGAGUCAGCCCUACUGGCCAGCCCAUCUUCAACACCUCCAACACUUACCCGAUGACCAACUACGUCAACACCUGCACCGGCACACUGGUGACUAAUAGCGACGGCACUCGAUCCUGCGUUACCCAAGUCGGCACAUCCAGCCUCGGCUACCCCAUUAACACCGUCACCAACUUGAACACUGGCGUUACCAGUUACGUGACACAGACCGGCUACAAUGCUUAUGGCCAGCCCGUUUACAGCGUGACUAGCACCUAUCCCAUGACCACCUACGUCAACACCUGCACGGGCACUUUGGUGACAAACAGCGACGGCACAACUUCCUGCGUGACUCAAGUCGGAACCUCGAGCCUCGGCUACCCCAUUUACGCUGUGACAAACUUGAACACCGGAACCACCACUUACGUGACACAGACUGGCGUGAGCUCCACUGGCACGGCCGUCUACAGCACCUCCCCCACCUAUACUUGCGGAACCACCAGCUCCGUGACUACUUGCUCUGGAACACUCGUCACCAACAGCGAUGGCACUCGAUCCUGCGUUGUCCAAGUCGGAACUUCGAGCACUGGUUACCCCAUCUACCAGGUCACCAACCUCAACACUGGAGUGACCACUUACGUCCAGCAAGUUGGUGUCAGUUCAACUGGCACGGCCGUCUACAGCACCACCAGCGUCUACCCCGUCAACACCAGCUACACCUGCACAGGUACUUUGGUGACCAACAGCGACGGCACCAAGUCGUGCGUGACUCAGGUUGGAACCUCUGUCAACGGCUAUCCCAUUUACCAAGUCACCAACUUGAACACGGGCAUCACCAGCUACGUUGAACAGACCGGCAUCAGCUCAACUGGCCAGCCCGUCUACAGUGUCACUCCUUACUUCCCCACUGGUUCUCUUGCUACCACCACGGUUGCCACUACCACGGCUGCUCCCGUAACAACGGCCGCUCCCGUAACAACGGCUGCUCCUGUACCUACAGCUGCUCCCGUAACAACGGCUGCUCCUGUACCUACAGCUGCUCCCGUAACUACUGCUGCACCCGUGCCCAAUCCUUUCGUUUACUAAGUACCCGAUUAUCCCCAGCCUUUAAAGGAAUAACAGUUAAUAACAAACAUGCGCCAUCGACUUGAUGCAAUUUACUUGCAUCAUGCAAUCGUGUAGUCCUUUAUUGACUUUAUUUAUACUUGAGGUUUCCCUACUGUUACGCUGAUGGAAUAUAAAUGGUAUAUGGUUAAAAUGCUUCUGUUUUUAAAUACACAGAGCUAUGCAACAA